GUGUGCACCAGAGCGUAUGCAGAACACCAUGGCGGCCCUCCUCGCCGCGGGACGCGGGGUUCGGCCCGUGCGGCGCGUGGACGCGGCGCCACCCGCUGACUGUCGCAUCCUUCGCGGGCCGCCGCCCGCGGCGUCGAAGGAGCCGGAGGGCGACUGCGUCAUCACGGGCUCGCGUUCCGCGAAGGCCCGCGACGCGGAGCUGAUGCGCGACGCGAUCACGGUUGCUGACUCGGACGCCGAGCAGGAGGGCGCCCCGCCGAAGCGCAUCCCCUUCCUCCCGCGCAACGCCCCCGGCGCGCCGCGCGACGAUUCUACGUCGGAGACGAGCCCGAGCCCGAGCCCGUCGCCCGUCUCCGUGUACCCGGUCCAGUGCCUCCUCGACGAGGUUGGCAGCCUCCAGGACAAGGUCAAGGCGCUCGAGGCCGAGCGCAUCAAGGACAAGGCCACGAUCGCGGAGCUCGAGAAGCAGGUCCGCGAGAACCGCUCGAAGGCCGAGGAGAACCGCGAAAAGGCCGGGGCGUGCGAUCAAAUCGAGGAUGUGUUUCGCGCGUUGAAGCGCGCGCGCAAGCGCGCGCGCGCCGAGUGAAUGUAGACGGCCUGCCGAUCGACCACGCGGCCUGCCGAACGACGACCAGGUUCCGGAGCCGGCCCGCGCAUCCCGCGGCGCGUCCUCGCCACCAGUCACCUUCGCGACCGAGUCCGCGUGCCCACCGCAUCUCCCUCCCCCCGCGCGCAAACAUUGUGAUAAACUUCAGACGCGUG